AUGAGCAUCCGUAAGAGCACGACAUCUCCGGUUUCUGGAACCGAUCGGGCCGAUCUCAACGACAGCUUCGCCGUUUCGGAAGCAGAACCUUCACAACUUCAUGGCCAUGUAGAGUACGGAGCAGACGUGUCAGUAGGAGUUGAAGAUGCGUCUGGUUUCACAGCUGAAGACGCGUUUCAAGUCGGGGGCGAAGAAGACGAAGAGCAGGUAUCCACUGUGACCAAUGGCGCAGUCGUACCACAAUCCGUAGUGGCAGCAGAAUCCGCAGACGAAGACGUGUUGCUGAGAUCCACCAAAAAGGAAGAGUUUCUUCCGGAAUCGACUUCAAUUGCAGAACCUGUUAAGCUGGAUGUUAUUACAAAUGUCAUCGACGCCAACGCCGAUACUGGCCUUGAUGAUGAUCCAUGGAUGAAAGAUGGCACGCCAGAGUUCCCCCCCGCAGACGAAAACCUCCCAGAAGUGCCUCCAGUAGCAGAAACAAAAGUAGAGACGUCAAAAAGUAUCGCCAAGCAGCAAAUAUAUGGAGAAAAGGUGGAAGAUUUCACUGAAAAUUCGGCUUCUCCACAGGAAGUCGAUUCGAAGCAAACAUCAAGCACCAUAGCAGACUUUAUUCCAACGCCAGAGCAUAUUCAUUCAAAUCUUCAUACUAGUGAAACAGAAAAUGAACCUAUUAAACAGUCUCAAUUGCCUUGGGAAAGCCAUGUAGAACAGAUAGAAGCAUUACCAUGGGAAGAACAGCCACAAAAGGUUGAACAUGUACUACCAUGGGAAGAAAAACCCGAUGAAGUAUCACAGAAAGAUGAAGCUUUGCCAUGGGAAGAGCGAAGAGUAGAACACCCAGAACAAGCCGCAGAGUCUACAUUGCCAUGGGAAGAACAACCUAAUGUAGAAGAAUUUCAAGCUCACGAACCUGCAUUACCAUGGGAAGAACGACCCGAGGUAGAAGAGUCUUCAUUACCUUGGGAGGAAAAAGUUGGAGAAUCUCAAGGCCAGGAAGCUGCAUUACCUUGGGAGGAACAACAAGAAGUCGAAGUAUCAUCAUUACUCUUAGAGGAAAAAGUUAGAGAAUCUUCGUUGCCUUGGGAGGGGGAAGAAGGAGAAUCUCAAGCUCAAGAAUCUAAGUUACCUUGGGAAGAGCAAAGAAUACAAUCUACACCACCUUCGGAAGAACAAGUAUUAGAACCUGUAGAGGGUUCUUCAUUGCCUGUGGAAGAAAAAGAUCUGACAGAAGGAUCAUUGCCGUGGAACCAACAUCACGAAGGGGAAGCACAAGAGAUUUUACCAUGGGAACAAAGCACGAAACCACAAGAUACGCAACCACAAGUAUCACAGGAAGAACUACAUGAUUACUCUGUUUCGAAUGUAAUUUCACAAAGUGAGAUUGUGGAAGAACAAGCCCAGCCUGUAUCACAGGCUUACGAAAGUCAGUUUUUGGCUGGUUUCUUUACUGAACGUCGCCCGGAACAAGAAUCUGAAACCAAACAAGAGUCGUUAGAUGAGUUGUUUGAGAAGGACGAAGACUUUCUUCCAGAAUUAAAGCAACCUGUUGAACAAAGCACUCAAACUUCGAAACCAAAGGAGUUCAACUUACCGGAAUUGGAUCUUGACGACGAUUUACUUUUGGAUGAUGACUUGUUAGACGAUGACGAACCUGAACUUGUUCCAGAACCUGUAGCGCCAGUGGAGCCAAUUCAAGAAGCUAUCCAGAAUAAUGUUGCCAAGUCUCCACGUCAGACUUACAUUCCAACUCAGCCUCAUCAUAACAUGUAUGCUCCUCAAAUCAGCAGAACAGAUACUGGAGAGUAUGUAAAAAAACUUGAAGAAAACAAGAAGAGGAACGAUGCUUACGACUUUCCAGACAUUUUGAUGCCACCGAAAGUUAAACCUGCUCCGAGACAUCAUCAGCCUACUACCAAAUACUCGCAACCAGUAGCAUCACCAAAUCUUUCCAACAUCCCGUCUGCUCCACCUGCAACUACUAUUCCUCCACCUGUGAGUAUUGGAAUUGAAGCAUCUAAGAAGGAGCUUCCUACAACUCCUCAAGUCGCACCAGGAAAGCCCAAGUCUUUCUUUGAGGAACUUCCUGUUUCAAUGCCCAAGAAAGCUGCAAGAGCAGCACCCGUAAAGGCUGUCAACCAGCCACAUAUCCAGAAGUCUCCACAGAUUAGUAAUACGCCAAUCAGUGCGAGCUCAAAACCAGCACCAGUAAAUCCGUAUAUGCCUAGUAAUACUCAAAAACAGAAUCCUCAUUCUCCUCUUCAAGGCUCUCAAUACUCGUUUCCAAGGAAGACCAGUUCUGGGUUGGCACCGCCACCAGCUUUGAAUCAAUAUGCUCCUCCUUCUCUGAAUCAAUAUGCAACAGUAUCUGCACAAGUUCAACCAGGACUUCCUCAGUCAAGCUUGCCGCAAUCAGGAAUGUCUCAGCCUGGAUUGCAACCCUUCCCACAACCUCAGGGUCAUUUGGUUCCUCCCAACUUAGUGGCUCCUCAGAUUCAGAAUUCUCCACUAGGACAACCUCAGCAGACACACAACUAUGCUCCUCCAAUCAACACCAACGUUGCUAGAGCUCAAGGAAAUCUUUCAGCUACGAGUCCAUAUGUUCCCAACGCUGGUCCUUAUGCCCCUAAUAAUCACAAUAGGUCUCAUUCCCGAGCUAGUUCGUUGGUAGGUGGUGGAAAAGGUAAGGAGAUCAAUCCGUAUGCUCCUGCUUUACCUCCUGUAAGUCAUCUGGGUACUUCUCCUUCAAUCGCUCAGUCUUCAUUAACUUCGAGAAACAGAGGUAUAUCCAACCCUAGAAAUAUCUACAGCAAGGCCCAGCCAGCUCCAAAGAUUUCUAAUCCCAACUCGUUGAACCAGAGACAGUUCCCUAUCUUCAACUGGAGCAACUCGCAGAAAGUUGUCACUUUAAUUCCAAACAGUAGCCAUAACUUGUACGAGCUGCACGGAGAAUCUAUCAGAGUAAGAGCUGCGAUAGAUUUGCUCAAGGAUAAGGAGAUGUAUUCUACGUUUCCAGGUCCAUUGCUGAAGAGUAAAACCAAGAGAAAGGAUGUAGAGAAAUGGUUAGAAUCCAACAUUGCUUUGCUCACCACUAACAGUAUUGAAAACCAGGAUGAGUACUUGCUCAACCAGGUAUUGUUGGAGGCAGUGAAGUUUGAAGGUGGUUUCAAUUCUCAUGAAUUCAUCAAAGCAGUAUGUAUGGUAUUGAAUCCUACAGCAGACUACAAUACUCCUGGUGAUAUUUCGGGGAUGACAAGUGUCAGUGCCAAUGCCUACAAAUUGGACAAUGCUGGAAUUGGUAUUGUAUUCGGAUUGAUUCAGGGAGGUCAUAUUGACAAAGCGCUUGAAUUCACGUUGUCUAAAGGUGACUGGGCUUUAGCUCUUGUUGUAUCGAACUUUGCUGGCCACGAUCGUUUUGCUAAGGUAGCAGCGGACUAUGCAAGAUUCAGUUUUCCCUAUCAGAAGUCCAACAACAAAAUCCACCACAUCAUUCCUAUUCUUCUCAAGUUGGCUGUAGGAAAUGUGAAGAGUGUCAUUGACGAUUUAAACGCAGUAGCUACAGAAGGUGAAUAUGCCAGUCAUCACUGGCGAGAAAUCGUAUCCUCUGUAAUUAUCAGCGGAGUCAGUAAGUCACAGGACUUCUUGGUUGAAUUCGGUAAAUUUUUGGGUCUUCACCACAACAUUGCAGCUUCGGAAAUCUGCUAUGUAAUUGCAGGUUUGCCAUUAUCCCCUCAGGCCUUACAACCUAGUGGUAUAGUAGUUUCUGUAAUUGGAUCCCUCACUGGCACUUCAAUGUACACGGAAGUGUACGAGUACAUUUUGAAGAUCAGUACUGUAUUUGUUCAACAGGGAGUUGGCAUUAUUCCGCACUUGUUGCCAUUGAAGCUCAAACAUGCUACUGUUUUGGCUGAUUAUGGGUUGUUUAACGAAUCGCAGAAGUACAUUGAUAGCAUCAACAACAACAUGAAGACAUUGGGUAAUCGUUCUCCUUACUUGAAUGCUGCGUUCAUUCAUGAGUUACAGAGUUUGAUUGUCAGACUUCAAGAACUAGGCUCCAGUGAACUGAGUUGGUUUAGCGGAAAGAUGAGUAAAGUAAAUCUUGACAAUAUCUGGGGACAAAUUGAUAAGUUUAUUGGCGGCGAAGAACCCAAGUCCAAGUCCGGCGAGAAUGGCGUAUUCAGUAAGUUCAGUCCUUCUGUUUCAAGAAACACUUCUACCUUGGAUUUUACCGCUAUGAAUGUUUCUUCAAACAAGUAUCCUCAUUCUCUGCCACAGAUGCCUUCGGGACAGUUUGGAUCUUCCUCAAUUGCUCCAUCUACUGCUGAUGGUGUUCUGGUACCAGUUACUAGAGCCAUGCCUCCAUUGCAAUCGUUCAAUUCUACUCCUGCUAUCAACACCUUAAGCAUGAAUAGCAAGUACUCACUUCCUCACUUACAACAGACUAAGAAUGCCAGUUUCUCUGUUCACUCACAGUCUACGCAAGUACCUCCAUCUCAUCAUCUGACCCCACAGCAGUCACAUGUACAUCCUAAUGUUCCGCUUCAUCAUGCGGCCGAGUCGAAGUAUUCUCCAUCGAAUGCUUCUCCACAGGUCCCUGACUCUACUGCCUCUCCGUAUGUUCCACCAGUAAAGAGAACCACACCUAGAGUUGCUGCUAAAGCAGUGAAUGCUACUGGACCAUAUGUGUAUGCUAAUCCAGAGGGCCACGUCUCUAAUUCUUCGAUUGGAUCUCAUAGGCAGCACGGUUAUCAUCCUCCUACCAGCCAGACUCCUACUGUGAAUGCUAAGAGACAUUCUGUAGCCAGCGUUAUUUCCAACGAGGCCACACCUAAUAGCGAAGUGAUUCAUUCGCACCACAACCACUCUCCACUGAUUCAAAGUGAUAUCAGUAUGGAUUAUCCACUGGAAUUCAAACCUCCCCCCGCAGUCAAGCAAAUUGUAGACCAUAAGCUUGUAUCGGCUCUUAAUGAUCAUGCCCCAGACACCAUUGACGAGUCUCCGGAAUUUAAGAGUGAAGCUAUUGUAGAGAAAGUUCCACCUUUGAGUGCUUCCCAGGAAGUCUCAGGACAGCCAUCUGCUGCUUCCACUUCUGUGCCUUCUUCCGAGAAGGCUGCAACUGUGGAUGACGAAACUACAUCAAGUGCUGCAUCUGCUCCACCUCCUCAAAGUAAGGCUUCAUUAAAGAAACCAGCAAAGGUCAAUCCAUAUGCUCCAGGUGCCAACAGGUCUGGCACUGCUAGAAAGAGCAAAUAUGGACCUCCCACGGGAGCUUCCUCUAGCAAGUAUUCAGUACCUGCUAACUUGGCUCAGCAGGAUGAGCCAAUCAAUGAUGACACCUUGAAGUACGGAAGCAUGUUUGAUUAUAGUGGGUAUAAGACAGGAGAGCCAACGGUAGCUGACAACGACAAUGUAGAACCGCCUACGCAAUCUGAGACUACUUCGAAGCAUGCGGCUGAAGAAGAUGUUACUGAGUUGAUAGUUGAGCCCAAGCCUUCUAUCCCAGAGAGUCCUAGCGCUCCUAAGAUCGUCAGAGAACCAGAAACUUCAGCACCACCUCAUUUCAAACAGCCCGAAUCGCACUUUGCGCCAUUUGGCUAUAACACUCCAUUGAAGGCUAGAACCAAACAUUAUGCAAAUAUCGAUGAUAGUUUUGACAACUCUGAGGUGUCUGGCGACCAAGAUCUUACCGAUAUCCAUACUCCCAGAAAGAGACCAUUGAUUCUCAACAACGGUCCUCCGCAAUUGACAGGCAAAGAAUCAAUGUUCAAUCCUUACCAAGGCGAUAGUGGAGUUAAUAAGUUUGGACUUGACUUCCCCAUUCCCGGCUCUCCAGAUUACACCACUAGAGCCAACAGUGUAGUAGAUCAGCCCGGCUACUUCUCUUCGAGACUAUCGCAAUCACAGCAGUCAGCCUUGUACCAACAAUACGAAGUAGAGGACGACACUGUGAGAGACUACGUACCAACUGUAGAAGAAGACGACGAAGAAGAUGAAGAUGAAGAAGAUAGGGAUAAGAAGAGAUUACAGGAAGAAGAAGAGAAAAGGGCCAAGGCAGCUUCUGAAGAAGCAAAAAAGAAAGCUUCUGAAGCUGCCGCUAAGAGAGAUCCCGGUAGAGGGUGGUUCAAUUGGCUGGGUAAGAAUGAUGGCAAGCCUAAGCCUAUCAAGGCCAAGCUUGGAAACCCCAGCACUUUCUACUACGACGAAAAACAUAAAAGAUGGCUCGACAAGUCUAGGCCCAUUGAAGAACAACUACAGGCAGCAGCUCCUCCUCCACCUCCUGCCAUGAAGAAAAAGGCACCUGCAGCUUCUAGUAAUAUAACAGCUUCUUCUGGUCCACCUUCAGCUGGCCCACCUCCAGGAAUUAAUCCAUCUGGGGUUGCUCCAACUGCUGCACCUUCUGGUCCUCCACUGGCACCACUGGGAGUUACCAGUGGACCUCCUUCCAUCGGAACCGGCCCAUCUAACGGAGCCGGAGGUCCACCUUUUGCCAAAGCUACAUCUGUACAAAGCAGUGCCCCUAGCCUUGCUAAUGCUGGUUUGGAUGAUUUGCUUUCUAUGGGUGGCAGUUCUGUUGCAGGAGGAACUCGUAAAGCAAAGAGAAACACCCGGCGUGGACAUAUCAAUGUGUUUGAUAAAAAGUAGAAAUGUACAUAAAAUAGCAUUACAUCACAAUAUAUAUGGUAGACUUAUAAGAGUAGAACAAUAAUU